AUGAGGGUAACGCAUCUUGCUUUGGCGACCGUUAAUGGAGGGAUGAUCGAGGUUCAGCUGAUUCAGGAUGAAGCGCCUUUGUCUCCGUGGGCUGAAAAGGUCAGGCUCUCUGCUCGUAAAGCAGAGAUUGCGAACACGGAAAGGGACUUCGAGCUGAUCCUUUCUGGUCUGAAGUCCGAGUGCGUACUCUCGCCGUUCCUGGAUGAUCCUGAAAGGCAUGACCUUGGAGUUUAG